GUUUAGGGUUUUGUCUCCACAAAGCUUCGGAGCAAGAAACGUAGUUGCGAACGGGAAAACUAGACGAGGUGAGGAGGACAAGCUUCGCAGGAGGACGGAGGACGAGGGCUCGCUCGCAGGACCCGUAGGAGCAUUGACGAGACUCGAUUGCCGCAAUUGCUGGCUGUCAUCGGAGCUGUUAGCGAUCGCUGAGGGGGAAGGAGUGGGAGGAGCAUUCAAGAUGAUGCAAGCGGAUACGCCGCCGAAUCAGACUAUUUACAUCAACAACCUCAAUGAGAAAGUUAAGAAAGAAGAAUUGAAGAAGUCACUUUAUGCAGUUUUCUCCCAGUUUGGCAAAAUAAUGGACAUUGUUGCCUGCAAGACGUUGAAAUUGCGGGGCCAAGCUUGGGUUGUCUUCGAUGAUGUAACUGCGGCUACAAGUGCCCUGCGGCAAAUGCAGGGAUUCCCAUUCUAUGACAAACCGAUGAGAAUACAAUAUGCCAAGACUACUUCUGACGCAAUUUCAAAGGCUAAUGGAACGUAUGUGCCUAAAGAAAAGAGGAAGAAACAAGAAGAAAAGGCUGAAAGGAAGCGCCGUGAGCAACAAGUAGAGGCACCAACGGCACCACCUCCUGCUGCUUAUCCACCUCCUUAUGGUGUACCUCCUCAUGCUUCACAGCAGUACCAGCCUCCCAGGCCUGUGGUUCCUGAGGCACCUGCUCCGCCAAACAACAUCCUCUUUGUGCAGAACUUGCCCCAUGAGGCUACUAGCUUGGCUAUUCAGGUCUUGUUCCAACAGUUCCCGGGCUUUAAGGAGGUUCGCAUGAUUGAGGCAAAGCCAGGAAUUGCCUUUGUUGAGUUUGGGGAUGAAUUGCAAGCAACUGUUGCCCUUCAAGGACUUCAUAACUUUAAGAUCACACCCAAUCAAGCCAUGCAGGUCUCUUACGCGAAGAAGUAGGUUUAGUUGAGAUUUAGUCUACUUCCUCUGUUUCUCUGCACAUCUGGUACCUUUGUCCAAGUUGUCUUAGAAUUUCUGGAUCUUCAUAGGGUUUUGCUUUUGCCGCAUAUGAAGCACAGAGAGAAACCAGAUGCACGAACCUUUCUGAAUUGUCCAGUGUAAUUUGUUGCACAGCCUGGUAGGUUUGUUCAACUCAACUUCCCAUCUUUCCUUGUCAAAAUUACUGCCCUGCAACCUUCAUGUGUACAUGAGCUUUUUGGUU